AUCCGCCACGUCCAAAAGUCAAGCGCGCUGAUAGGAGUCUCUGUGACACAUUACAAAAUGUUUGCCUGCAGUGAGUGUUGCUUCACAUUCACACUAUCACCUUGAACGCAUUUCAUAUCCGCACCCUUGAACCCUACGAGCAAGACGCUCGCUAAUGUCAAAGUGCAACUUCCUGCUUGGAUUGCUCUUUGUAUUGUGCUUUUGGGCCAUUGGGUGAAAACAAUAACGGAGCGGUUGGUGUGCAUGGUGCUGCAGGCAUCGAGGCCAGAAUGUCUUCAAUGCAAGAUGAAGCACAGAACAUGACGUGACUGAUCGGAAGAUGCCUUAGUCAUACAGUCAUUAUUUCAGAACAUUCAUCUCCCGGUUCCCAGCCCCUCCCAUCCUGAGGGGAUCUGGGCAACAGGGGCGAUGCUGGGCACCAGGCAGAAAAGCAGUAGGCAAUCACUGUGGCGCUUUCUGUUCCCGCUUCACAUUCGUCAGGAGCGAGUUUUGUUGGCCCGCAGUGAGAGCCUACCCAGUGACCAGGUGCUGAAGGUCAUCGUCACGGAGACCACGGUGAUCAAGGCCGGCUCGGGGGCCUUUAACCGUCGCUCACUCACCUACCUGGCCCUCUGGUACUUCUUCAGUUUCUGCAACCUCUUCCUCAACAAAUACAUCCUCUCCCUGCUGGAGGGGCAGCCGAGCAUGCUGGGUGCGAUUCAAAUGCUCUCCACCACCAUCAUUGGCUUCCUGAAGAUGUAUGUGCCCUGCUGCCUGUACCAGCACAAGGCCAGGAAUGAAUACCCUCCUAACUUCGUCAUGAUCAUGCUCUUCGUUGGAUUGAUGAGGUUCACCACUGUGGUCUUGGGCUUGGUCAGCCUGAAGAAUGUGGCUGUAUCAUUUGCAGAGACAGUGAAAAGCUCUGCACCCAUUUUUACUGUCAUCAUGUCCAGGUUGAUUCUUGGAGAGUACACAGGCUUGUGGGUGAACCUCUCCCUAUUUCCCGUCAUGGCGGGACUGGCGCUCUGCACGGCCACAGAACUCAGCUUCAACUUGCUCGGCUUCUCCGCCGCACUCUCCACCAACAUCAUGGACUGUUUACAGAAUGUCUUCUCCAAGAAACUACUCAGUGGUGACUCUUACAAAUUCAGCCCUCCAGAAUUGCAGUUUUACACCAGUGCGGCAGCAAUCAUCAUGCUCAUCCCGGCCUGGAUUUUUCUCUUGGAAACGCCAGUAACUGAGAAGAGUGGACAAACCUUCACCUUCAGUCGGGACAUCAUCAUGUUGCUGCUCUUCAAUGGCGCCAUGUUUCACCUGCAGAGUGUCACUGCCUACGCUCUUAUGGGACGCAUUUCUCCGGUUACUUUCAGCGUCGCAAGUACCGUGAAGCACGCCGUGUCUGUGUGGUUGAGCGUCAUCGUGUUCAGCAAUCAGAUCACCAUGCUCAGCGCCACCGGCACCGUCCUCGUGUUUGUGGGUGUUUUCCUAUACAACAAAGCCAGGCAGGCCCAGCGGCACCACUUGCAGGCCAUGGCUGCUCAGCAGAAUCACAAAGUACCACCACAGAAUCAGAAAAUCCAACAAGGACCACAGCCUCACUAAAGUCUUCACAUUUGAACACUUGCUCAAUCUACUCCUACUUACUACUCCUGUGGAACAUUUAUUGGCGGUUAGCAACACUCAAGCAUUUGACAAAAUGAGAAGCUCAGGGUGUCCUUCAGCUUUUUUGGAGGAAAUAAGCUCCUUGUAAGCAUUUCUUUUGUCUUACAUCUUGAUUCCAGGCUGUGCUCGCAAAUCUCAUCUGUUCAAGCGGCUGUAAAUGUACGCCAGAGCUUUGACAGGAGCACAUAGGCUUAGCAACACUGUGCAAUCAGGCUUUGAAGGAUUCUCCGGCCAAAUGAUAGGUUUUGCCAACUUGACGCAUUUUUUAGCUGCGUCUUAAAAAUAUGAUGGACAAAUUACUGCAUUCCGGGAAUGCUCGUCCUCAGUCGUGAUCAAAGUCAUUCCCAGUGCAUGCUGUGAUUGAAGCACCUCAGAGACGGAAAACAGCUUAAAGAUGCUGAAUGAUUCAAUGUAUUUACAUAGCCUCCCCAGUUAGUAAAAAGCUGUGGUAAAAGCACGCCAAAAUCUUCCCGCAAGACAUUUUACUUUUGUUUCAUGCAUCAAAAUACACAAUAGUUUAGCAAAAGUAGCUGAAACCCAGGCCAUUGAACUUGCUAGGAUUUACUAUAUUAAACUUGUCUUGAAUGAAGGAAGGUAGCUCUCAAUCUGCAGCUGUAACAACUUUUCCACUUUUCUUGGGAAAUGUUGCAAAAAGUUGGAAUGUCUGUCAGAAUUGCUCGUUUUUCGUCUGUGAUCUUAAAUUUCACUGACCUUGGAUAGACCAUUUCUGAAUUUGUUCAUCCCAAAGUUGUUGGAUAGCAAAACUACCUGCCCCCGCCUCUCGCUCAAAGUUAAAGCUAAUCUGCAAUAAUAGCAAUAAGCUCUAAAGAAACUAAAUAGAAUCGUCUCCAAAGCAUAUAUAUAUACUACCUGUAUUUCCGUACCAAAUUCACCCCUACAAUGCCUUUAUAAACCUCACUACUUGAGUCCCAUUGGACCAGAAAAUGGCUUUCUUUAAGCUGUUCUCACUCAGUUGAAAGCAUGCAAGUGUGCAAAAGGUCAACUCCGUGCUAAUACUCAAAUUGUAGUCGCAAGUGCAUGUAAGUUGAAGUAAGGUGAUUGAAAGAAUUGCACAUGUCAGAGAGCCAUCAAGCGGGAAAGAUACAUGUACAUCUAAUGGCUUGGUUUUUCCCUUUCAGAAAUGCAUCAUCGUCACAUUGGCCUCUAUUUAAAGCAUUACCAAGAUUGACUCUUGCAAUUGUCUUUUCUCAUUCUUUGCCCCAAAAAUGUAAUGUCUCUGAGAGAUAAUUGUUUGUUUUACAUUUCCGUGUUGCAGUGCCUCAGCAAGCAGAAUUUCUUUUUUACUGCUUGUAUUUUUUUUUUUAAGACUACACAUUUGUCUGUUUCAAUUAAAUUCCUUCUCAGGUGUCCCCCCUACCCCGACCCAAAUAAGCCUGGAACAAUUUUAAUCUUAAAUGGUGCUUGGAAGCAAAUGCUCCGAAUGUGGUGUUUUCAUGUCAAUUCUUAAAGCUUCAGAAAUGGCAAUUGUUGCGUGUGUUUAUCUGGAUAUGUGGAAAUCAGACAGGGAGGAAGCGUAGGACUCUGGGCCAAAAGGUGUGUUUAAAGUGCCGAUUCAAUGUGCGCUAAAAUUCACAUCAGUUGGUACUCAGGUGUAGUCUGUUUAAAAAAAGAAAAAGUCAGGUAACACUUUUUACUUUAUGGUGCAUCAAGUGUAUCUAAAUGCUUUUGAUCUAUAUGGGCAUGUGGGUGCUAAAGACUCAUUAGACAAUGCGGGCCUUUAAAGUUCGCCUAUUUAUCAAAAAUUGUCAACAAAAUUGUCAACUCUUUUACUCAAAUCACAUGGCUUGUUUUGGAAGAUGUGUGCAAAGUUUUAGUCUGCCUCUUGGAGGCUGCAAGUGUGCUCAAUAUUUUGUUGGCAUACGUCUUAUCGUCUCCGACAUGGCCACUUGUCGUUCUCCAUUCAAGGGCGCCUUAGAUAAAAGUCAGCAUUGUUAAUUCUUUGCACACCAGACUACCAUAACACGGUACUCACGACAGAAGGUUAAAGGGUUAAAGUUAGCCCAACAUUGGCACUUAUAUGAUAAGAUGGUAAUAAAAAAUUCUAGCAAUGUC